GUGAGGCGCACGGCUCCCUUGUGCGGCGUUACACUUAUAUCGAGACAGAUAAAAGUCACUCCUGUGUGAUGUUAGUAAAUAAAAAAGUGAAUGAAUAAAAAGCGCGUCGUGUUCCGUUUGUCAGUCUUGUCGUGAACUUUAGCCGGCAAUCAUGUCUCUUCCGGGAGUUUUAUUGUUUUCACACUACAUGGCCAGCUUUUGGGGCCCAGGCUUGCCGACACUUGUACUAGCGGUGACGGCAAUGGUGGUGGCGAUAACUGCGAUGCUGUCCCGUGCGGGCUCAGCGGACGAAAAACGGACGCGGCUGCCAGGUCCACGCGCGCUACCGUUGCUCGGUACUCGCUGGCUCUUCUGGAGCCGUUACCGGAUGAAUAAGUUACACGAGGCUUAUGAAGAUAUGUUCAGGCGGUACGGGCCGGUGUUCGCGGAGACGACUCCCAGCGGUGCCAAGGUCGUUUCUAUCGCGGAGCGGAGUGCACUUGACGCCGUCUUCCGCACCCGGGCCAAGCAACCUUACCGUCCCCCCACUGAGAUCGUCCAAGUAUACCGCAAGAGCCGCCCUGACCUCUAUGCCACCACCGGUCUGGUCAAUGAGCAAGGCGAGACGUGGUUUCACCUAAGACAUCACCUGACUGCAGACCUGACUAGUCCUCAAACCAUGAAAAGAUUCCUCCCUGAGCUUAACGUGAUAUGCGAUGACUUUGUGGACCUUCUUCAGAGCUGUCGCCGCCCUGACGGCAGCGUUUGCGGUUUCGAUUGCCUUACCAACAGAAUGGGACUUGAAUCGGUGUGCGGAUUGAUGUUAGGUACGCGGUUAGGAUUCCUGGAGCGCUGGAUGUCAGGCCGCGCCACCGCUCUGGCUUCGGCGGUCAAGACCCAUUUCAGGGCCCAACGCGACUCUCAUUUCGGAGCCCCUCUCUGGAAGUUUGCGCCUACUAAGCUUUAUAAAGCCUUUGUGAAAAGUGAGGAGACAAUACACACAGUUGUAUCUGAGUUGAUGGAGGAAGCGAGAAGCCGGAAGCGGAACGUGGCUCAGGACGACGGCAUGCAGGAGAUAUUCAUUAAGAUCCUCGAAAAUCCUGCUCUUGAUGUGCGCGACAAGAAAGCAGCCAUCAUCGACUUCAUUACAGCUGGUAUCGAAACGUUAGCCAACAGCCUAGUGUUUCUGUUAUACUUGCUAAGCGGGCGGCCAGACUGGCAGGAACGGAUCCGCAGCGAGCUGCCGACGGGCGGCGAACUGCGCGCCGAGCAGAUCGCCGCCGCUCCCUCUGUUCGUGCCGCCUGCAAGGAAGCUUUUCGCCUGUUGCCCACUGCGCCCUUCCUUGCUAGAUUACUCGACUCACCUCUGAACGUUAAUGGGCAUCGAUUGCCUGCAGGGACAUUCGUCCUAGUUCACACAAUGGCCGCAUGCCGGCGUGAGGAGAACUUUUGGCGCGCUAACGAGUACCUUCCCGAGCGCUGGAUGGAAGUGCGAGAACCACACGCCACGUCACUGGUAGCUCCCUUCGGCCGUGGCCGCCGCAUGUGCCCUGGCAAACGGUUUGUCGAGCUGCAGCUGCAUUUAAUGCUGGUUAAGAUCCUGCAACGGUGGCGAGUGGAAUUUGACGGCGAGUUGGACAUCGACUUCGAUUUUUUGCUGUCGCCCAAAUCACCGGUCUCCCUGCGCCUUGUGGAUUUGUAGAUCAUUAUUAUAGUUAUUUGCGUUGUAUGCCAGAGUCAUUGAUCCCUUUAGCAGGCAAAUCCUUAUGAGUAACAGUCUGAAAACUUAGUUUAAAAUUAUAUUGAGUCUUACAGUUAAGAGCAUAAGUUCCAUUGCACAACUAGCGAUACUAAUACAAGUGUCUAGUUAGGUGUGCCCUUGACUGUUCCUAGCUAAUCAAAUAUUAAAUAUAAAUUUAAAGUAGAAAAUGAAGACUGCAAUACUCGUCUUUGCAUUUAAAA